GUUGCUCUGGUUGUGGUCCAUGUGCCAUGAGUGCGGCCAUAAAAAGACACACACAAAAAAAAGUCUGGCCCGAAAUUGGCUGGGAUUCCUCCGAUGUAAGCAGCUGACUUACACCGCAAGGACUCACAGCAGUGAUGGAGAGGACGGUAGGAGAGCAGCUGGUGAAUGAAGCCCCAGGAAGGCAGGGACAGGCAGUUCAGAGGACUGGAAGCGGGGGCUCCUGGCAGGCUUGGAGUCUCCCUGCUGGGUGCGCCAGCCCAGCACCCCCUUGGUCCAGGAAUCCAAGCCUAGGAGCAGGGGUGGCUGGUCAGCCACACCCACCCCAGUGAGGGAGGGGAGGAGUCCCAGUGUGAACUUGGGGUGCUGUUAGUGGAUGAAGGGGGGGUGCACCACCAGGCCGCAGUUUCACAUGCUCAGCGAGAAGACCAGGAGUGGGGCUCGCCCAGGACAGGGGACGUGGAGAAGGUGUUCCUUCAAGGGUUAAGAUCUCCAUGCACGCAAUCACUGAGCCCCUCAUGCCCCUGGGUACAGAGUCAGAGGGCAUGUGGGGAGCCCAAGCGGCCUGUGGGGGGGUCAAUCCCAAUUUUGUCUGGUGGUGCGCUCCCUUGUUCUUCCGAGAGUUUUGCCUUGGCAUGAGCCCGGUGAUUUGGGGAGACAGCGGGUUCUGUCCAGUGGGAAUCCAUUUCCAUCGGCCGUGCAUCUGCCGGGCGUGUGACCGCAAGAACAAGACAGGCUGGGGCCGACAGGUGGCCGUAGCAGUCAGCGGAGAGUCACGUGGUGCCUGCUCUGGGCUGGGAGCAUUUGUGGACGGGACAGCAGCCUCGAGCAGCUUGAUUUUGGGGGAGGCAGAGUAUGAGCACAGAAACAAACGAACGGGGGCACGUAGGGCAAGCGUUAAACAAGGCCACGCGGAAGAAAGCGUGGGUGGGUAGGGCCCAUCGGCCGCGAUGGUCAGGGAAGGCCGCCAAGGAGGCCGCGUGAUGGGAACCAGCCGCCGAGCGAAGCCCUGAGGCAGUGAGCCGGCCGGUCCCGAACCGCCACACGCCAAAGAAGAUGAGUCAAGGACCGACACUUUUCUCUUGUGGAAUUAUGGAAAAUGACAGAUGGCGAGACCUGGACAGGAAGUGCCCUCUUCAGAUCGACCAGCCGAGCGCCGGCAUCUGGGAGUGCCUGCCCGAGAAGUGUCAGGACAGCGCCCUGUGGCAUCGGGAGGCGGCCACCGCCUGCGCGGUCACCAACCUGAUCAAAGACCUCAGCCUCAGUGACCACAACGGGAACCCCUCAGCACCCCCCAGCAAGCGCCAGUGCCGGUCCCUGUCCUUCUCCGACGAGAUGUCCAGCUGCCGAACGUCGUGGAGGCCCUUGGGGUCCAAGGUCUGGACUCCGGUGGAAAAGCGGCGCUGCUACAGCGGGGGCAGCGUCCAGCGCUACGCCAACGGCCUGAGCCCCAUGCAGAGGAGCUCCAGCUUCAGCCUCCCGUCCCGGGCCAGCGUGCUCUCCUCGCCCUGCGACCAGGCGGGAUUGCACCACCGACUUGGCAUCCAGCCCUGCCAAGGGGCGCCGGGCUCGGCCGCCGGUGGACAGGUGGGCGACCUCUGGGGCCCCGCCCCGAGCCCCGUGGCUGGGGGCCGGCUCGACAUGCAGCGGUCCCUCUCCUGCUCGCACGAGCAGUUCUCCUUUGCGGAGUACGGUCCGCCCUCGGCCAACAGCACGCCCGCCUCGACGCCAGAGCUGGCCAGACGCUCCAGCGGCCUGUCCCGAAGCCGCUCGCAGCCUUGUGUCCUUAAUGACAAGAAGGUCGGUGUGAAGCGGCGGCGCCCUGAGGAGGUGCAGGAGCAGAGGCCCUCGCUGGACCUGGCCAAGAUGGCACAGAACUGUCAGACCUUCAGCAGCCUCAGCAGCCUGAGCGCGGGGAUGGAGGACUGCGGCCCCCACAGCCCCUUCACCCUCCACGUCAGCAGCACCAGGUCCUGGACCGCCCUGCUCUCAGCCUCGGCCUCCGGCCUGGGGGGUAGGACCCCCGCCGGGACCCCAGUCCCCGAGCCCCUGCCCCCAUCCCUGGAUGACCAGCUCACCUGCCGGGAGGAGUUGUGCUGUGAGGAGUCGGGCGGCUGCACCCUGGACGAGGGCUGCCCCAGGCGGGGGGAGCCGGCCACAGCCUGGCGGGACCGCAGGGCCACCCGGAAUAGCCCCUGCUCCCUGGACGGCGAGCUGGACAUUGAACAGAUAGAGAACAACUGAGGGGCCGCCGAGGGCCCUGGUCGGGGGCAGGGGGGCAUCAGAAUCGACGGGCCUCCCUCUCUACUCCUGGGUCCGAUCAAAGCCUCCUGGAAGGUGUCGGGGCCCAGGGAGCCAGCCCACCGCCUCCCCGAGCCGCUGUCCACCCUGCCGGCACAGCAGCCGCGGCCCACGGAACUGCUGUAGCCGCUAGAAGCUUCUCGGUUGCGGUCCCUCCCCUGUUUGUCUUGUGGGACAUCAGGACAGGCGCUGGGCCAUCCCCGCUGGGCCGUCGCGGGCGUUUGCGGCGGGGCUGGCCUGCUCUGCAUGCCGCCUCCCAGCCGGGCUCCCGCCUGGGCUCAGGUCCAUCUGCUGCGGUCCAGGCCCCUCUUGGCCUCCUGCUCAGGUUCAGGGCUGGGGAGCCAGCGCCCCGGCUUCUUCUCCCUCAGUUGUACUCUGUGCCUUCUUGCCCGGGGCUCAGGCUUCCAAGGGUCGGGCGAGGCUUCCUUCUGUAGUAACACCAGAACCAUUUGGCCUUAAUUCCAAGUGUGGGAGACAGAGGCCCGGGGUGCUGGCGUCGCCUUCAUGUCUGGACUCUUGGGGUCCAGGGAGCAACUUGGGGACCUUGGUUGGGCAGACGCUUGGUGGAUCUGUUGGCUGAAAGGACAGACCCACCGGCCCCUCCUAUGGGGUGGAGAGCCUGGCCCUGGGGCGCUGUGCCCCGCGUUGGGCGGGUGGGUGGCCUGCAACCAUGCUCCGUGCCGACCCUGGCACUGAGCGACGAGCUUAGAGGAUUCAGGUGAGUGGAGAGAAGUCCCCACCAAAGGGCGGCCUCUUGAAAACAUCCUCAGGAAGGAAGAGCUCACUGCAGGGGAACAGAGCCAGGCCCUGCCAUGUUUCGGGGACGAAGGUGUCUGCUGGCCUCCCGGGGACCAUGCUGUGUUCCAAGCACAUUGUCCUUGAUGGGUUGGGGACUGGUCAGUGGGAGCAGCAGAGGGUGUAAGUGCCGCCUCCUCACUGUGGCCCCGCCACAGGCCACUGCGUGACGCAGGCUCACGCCCACCCCCUCCCAGGCCCUUUGCACCCCAGCAGCCCCCUCCCCCGGGACAAGCAGCCCCGGCCCCCUGUGGUUUUGCCCCCAGCCGGCUCCUCUCCAGCCCGGCUUGCAGGCACACCACACGGCUCUCUGCUCUCUUGGAAUCUGGCUUUUGGCAACCUGGCAUCUUCCGCAGGCAGUAGCAUCGGGUGGGCUUACGAGCAAGUGGCUCCUUUGCCCAUGAGGCUAAAAAUAACCGUGAGUCCCCUCAAGUUCGUGGGCCACGUGACAAAGGCGCUCUCAGCGUCACUUUGCUCCAGCUCAUCUUCGGCUGAUGGCGAGCGCCCGGCUGCUGCAGGUUGGAUGCAGAUGGUUCUCACUCUCCUUCUACUAAAGAGAGGCCAUAUUUGGGAAACUUAAACCUUCGCUUUUUUUACAUCAAAAAUGUGGUGGCUCAAGUUCUGGUUUAUAGUUGGCUUUUCUUAAAGAUCAGCCAUAAGAUGCUUGCAGAAAAUCCCAACUCCCUGGCCCCCUAGACUGUGUGGAAAGCCUAAUGAGUGUGCAGCGCUGGGCAGGUCCCGCCAAGGCGCGUCCCCUGGGGACCCCGGAGAGCCAAGCCGGGGGCCUUGGCUCUGGGCAGAGGAAGACGCCUGGCUCGACCCCCACCUGGUGGGUUGUGCAGACCGUGUCUUCUCAGAGCUGGUCCAGGGGAGGCUGGGUGGCUGUUGGGUGGCAUCUGGCAGUGUGUGAAUUCAGAGUACAUGCUGGUGCCUCAGCCUCAGACAGCGUGGGGUGGGAGGUACUGACCCCUGGCCCGCCCGGGAGUGGCCACAGAGGCCUCAUGCCCUGGACGGCAGUCCUUCCUGGGGCGGGAGAAGCAGAGUCUUGUUUCCCUUCCCUGCAGGGAGGGGUGGGGGCCGAGCCAGGAUGGGCAGGACACGAGGCACGUGGUGGUGGGUGGUGCAGGGACACCCUCGGACCCUGCCGGCCGACUCCCCUGCUUCUCAGAUCCAGUGGCAGGGAAGGACAAGCAGUAGUCCCAGCCUCCCCACCGCCACCCCUGGCUGGUCCUAUUGGCCAGAAGCCCAGUCAUGGGGCACUUUUGGGCAGAAGGGAUCCUGGCCCAAGGCAAGGCUUGGCCCUCUCCAGCCUCUUCCAGCCUCCUUGGCUGCUCCCACCCUCGUGGAAGCUCCUUGCCCAAGCCCUCAACAGCAGCAGGGAGGGGAGAGAAUGGCCAGGGGCCCUUCUCGGAGAAAGAGAUGGCCCUCGGGUGGCUUUGUGUCUGUCUUUUUUUUUCUUUUCUUUUUGUCUUUUUCAGGCGGCACCUGCAGCAUAUGGAGGUUCUCAGGCUAUGGGUCAAAUCAGAACUGCAGCUGCCGACCUACACCACAGCCACAGCAACGCCACAUCCGAGCCGCAUGUGCGACCUAUGCCACCGCUCACAGCAACGCUGGAUCCUUAACCCACCGAGCAAGGCCAGGGAUUGAACCCACAUCCUCGUGGAUGUUAGUCGGGUUAUCUUAACCCCCUGAACCACAGCGGGAACUCCUUCAUGUCUGUCUUGAUUGAAGGGAGCAGACCUUGUCCAGAAGGGGCCACCACACCCCCCUGCCAGAGAGGUCCGUCUGUGCCUGCUCCCCUGGUCCCAGGACUUCUGGUCUGGGAGGGCUGUCCCUGAGCCACUUCUGCUGGGGCCCUGCCUCUUGCCGCCGCCAAUGCCCAUGAACUCCUGCCUCUGAGGAGAGACUGAGGAGGCUCAGAGCUGGAGGGAGGGCCGUGCCAGGCUGGCCACCUGCCCAUGGGGCCUCGAAGGAUAAGAGCAGGGUCGUGGCUCCAGGAGAGCUGGAUGGGGAGGGGGCUCACUGCAGCGGGCGCACCUGCUAAAGCCACUGGAGAACAGGGGCUGCUGCCCUGGGGGCCGGGCUGGAGGUCAGGGCCGCAGCCUCACCGUUUACAUGACCGCAGACCCUCUUGCCUUACUCGCGGUGGAGGCCGGGCCCGGGCCACAGGAGAGCUUGUUCUGAUCAUACAUACGGAUUUUCAUUCUCAGAAAGCCUUACUCUUCAACAAAAUUUUUGUAGCAGGAAAGUUUUGUGCAUUUGUACACUGAAAGAAAAUUUAAAUAAGGGAGAAGUCCACAUUAGAAAGGAAACAAACCCAGCGUCCAAAGGGGUCCCCAGGACGGGGGUGGCGCGCGUAUCCCACUCUGCCCUGGACGCCCCGCCACGGGCUCAGGCCGCCUGCACUCCUCGCGGCCAGAGUCCCCUAACGAUGACCGCUUCGGGCUCCGCGGCCUGGGGCGCGAGCAGACCCCCCGCCAGGGCAGUGUCUCUGUCCGGGCACGGGUGCCAUCUCUUGCCACAGCCACGCAGAUGGUCAAACCCCUCCCACUGGCGCCACAGAAAACCAUGCCUCUUUCAAAGAGGGAAGGAGAGAAAAAGAUGAAAAAAGAAAGUCCCAGACCGCCGUGGAGAUCGUGUAGCCUAGGUAGGAUAGUCUGACCUUCUAGCAUAGUCUUUGGCAAAUAAAUUGUGUUUCAGCGAGGGGGGCAAGGUCCUGGGGGCGCGGGGCCGGCGUGUCGGGGGGAGGGGGGCUCCUCUGGGGCCUGUGUGCUUCCCCAGCUGCACCCCGUGGGCUCCGUGGCACUUCAAGGAGGGUGGCGGCCGGGCCGUGCAGUGUCGGGCCAGGCCCCCCUCCCUGCCGGCCGGCGACACGCCGGGUCGCCCCCCACCCCCGCCCCCCGCAGCCUGUCCUCCACACGGGCCACGACUGUCUUGCACUAGAGCCGCUCUAGUCUCAGGAAUUUGCUUGUUACUUUUACUGUGUAAAUAAAGCUUCCUGGUUCCGUACCCA